AUGAAGCGGCCCGCAGCCGCGGGGCCCCGGAAGCGGCCUGCCGCGGCAGCCGCGCCGCCCGCGCCGCGGAAGCGGCCGGCGAGGCGCCCGGCGAGGGCGGGCGCUGCCCCGGAGCCCACGGUCUUCCUGGCACUCAGGCGGCACCGGUCACGCCAGAGACCCGGCGCCGACUUGCUGGGCGUCUUCCGCUCGGCCGAGGCCGCCGUGGCGUCGGCGGCGCGGGCGGAGGCGCCCUACGCCUUCGCCCCGGGCUGUCGCGUCGAGGCCGAUCUGUACGAGAUUCCCUUGGGUGGGGGUUCGGGCCAUAUGAUGUCAGUGGAAGGCGUGCGCGGCACUGUUCGGGAGCGGAAGGAGGGGAGCAUCUCCGACCCGGUGCGCUAUGUCAUCGAUAUCGAGCACAGGGAGAGGCUGGGUUUACCUGGGGCGCCGCUCCAGCCGCGGUUGCCGAAGCUCGAGAGCGACAUGCACAUGGAGAAGGCCGUCUUCCUCUGA